AUGCUCAGCCAGACCCGGCGGCUCAAGCUUUUCGCCUUCGCGUGCAACACGGGGCUUCUCGGGAUCGUCGGCGUCAACUAUGUGGCUCACGUCGGCACCAUAACACGCAGCCGCGAUACGAGUUGGAACACGCCGCUCCACAUUAUUGGCCACGCAAUCCUGGCGUUGCUGCUGACGUCCUGGCUGCGCACGCUGUGCCAGCCGUAUUUGCGGCUUCCGGCGGGCUGGCAGGAGCGGAUAGGCGCGAGAGAUGUCGUGCUAAGCUCGAAGUCGGGCCGGGCGAUGCCGCCGCGAGCGUUCGAGUCGAGGGGCCACGUCCUGCUCGGGUUUGACCACAAUUGCCGGUGGCUCGGUGUGCCAGUCGCACUGCACAACCGCAAGUUCUUCGUCCUGACCAUGUUCUGGGGCGCGGCCAUGUGCACCUUCGCUGGCACGCUCUCCGCCUUCGAUCUCGCGGCCCUCAAGUCUGGCGCAAACGGCGGGGAGGGCGAUGGCGGCUUCUCGCUUCUGCGCGCGGUGAGCCUGAGCGCCUCGCCGCUGCGGCUGAUGCUCGCGGUGGCCGAGAUCGGGAGCGUGCCCCUCCCCGCCCUCCUCAUUUUUCUCGACACGCUCACCGGCGGCUUGCUGCUCUGCCUCUUCGUCACCAACCUGCGCGACGUGCUGCGCAACGUGACCGCCUUUGAAGGGGCGAGGGCCACGUGGGACCUCGGCCGGGCGGCCAACCUGCGCCAGUGGCUCGGCGAAUCGCCAGCGCUAUGGCUGGUCCCGGUGGCCAACAUCCCGGUUGACGGCAUCGUCUGGCCCACGGGCAAGCUCGACUAG